AUGGCAGAUGCAGCAUUUAUUGACAGUUCUUCUGCAGAAUUUCGACAAAUUAAAAUAGAAGGCGGCAAAGCUUGCGAGCCUACAGCAUUUCCCAACAAUUUUAUUACCUCAGGCAAAUAUACCGUAUUUUCUCUAGUCCCAAAAAACUUAUUUGAACAAUUCAAUAGGGUAGCCAACAUUUGAUUUUUAAUUGUCUCGAUUUUUCAACUUUUACCAUUUGGGUUAUCUCCAACUUCAAACUGAGCCACAAUUGCACCUCUUUCCUUAGUCUUGUCAGUCUCACUAUUCAAAGAUGGGUAUCUAGACUAUCGCCGUCAUGCCAUGGACCGAAAAAUAAAUAACAGAAUUGCAAAAAGAUGAGAAAACACAGCUGGGAAAUUCAUAGAAUCUAAAUGAAUGGAUUUAAGGGUCGGGAACAUUGUUUUAUUGGAAGGAGAAGUCCAUGUCCCAGCUGAUUUGCUGCUUUUAGUCUCAAGUUUGCCUGAAAAAAGCUGUUAUAUUGAAACCACUGGGUUGGAUGGAGAAGACAGUUUAAAGAUAAAAAAAUGCGUAAAUGAUAUUUCAAGCAUAAUGGAAGGAAAUACAGCAUUAGAAGCCAUGAAAAAUAUGCAUAUAAUAGAAGAUGGGCUACUGAAAACUGAGCAGCCUAAUAACAGACUGCAUUCUUUUGAAGGGUGGCUUAAACUGAAAGGCCAUCCAAGAGCGAAUCCUGUAGAUUUAUCAAAUAUGAUAUUGAGAGGAAGCACCUUGAAAAAUACCCCAUGGAUUAUUGGGCUGGUAGUUUUUACAGGAAAUGAUACAAAAUUGAUGAAAAAUAUUAAGCAUCCUCCACAUAAAGUCAGCAAUGUGGAGAAAAGGAUCAAUAGCUAUCUGAUAAUCGUUUUUACAUUUCUCUUUGCGAUCGCUUUUCUUGACACAGCAAUUUCACUAACUCUUUCUUAUACUCAAUCAGAUGAACUCAGCUAUUUUUCCGGAGAUUCCUAUAAACUCUCUCCAAUAGUAUGUAUUACCUUUUUGAUCCUGUACAACAGUUUGGUACCAAUAUCUCUAUAUGUAACUCUUGAUGUCGUAAAAAUAAUCCAAUCAAAAAUCAUACAAUGGGACAUUUCUAUGUAUUACGAUGAGUUAGACCAGCCUACAAUCGUAAAAACUGGUGACUUAAAUGAAGAUUUAGGCCAAAUUGAGUAUAUUUUUGCUGACAAAACAGGCACUUUGACAGAAAAUAUCAUGGAAUUCAAAAGAUGCUCAAUAAAAGGCACAUCAUAUGGAUUUAACGAAGAGCAGGACACAUUUAAAAAAAGCCAAAUCAACCCUCAUAAGAAAUUCGAAUUUUGAGACCCAGACUUAUUAGAAGACCUCCAAAAAUCGAAAAAAAGGGAAAUUGGGGAUUUUUUUGAACUCUUAGCACUUUGCAAUACAGUGAAUCCAGAUUUUGAUUAUGAUGGAGAACCUUUAUUUCAAGCCUCUUCCCCAGAUGAAGAAGCUUUAGUUAUAGCUGCUCACUGUUUCGGAUACUCUUUAAUUGCUUAUAAAAAUGACUCAAUUUCGCUCAGAGUCAAUGGAGAAACCUUAGAAUAUCGAGUUUUAGGUAUAAAUGAGUUCAGCUCUGAACGUAAAAGAAUGUCAAUUGUGGUAGAACCUAUGAGUGAAAGAAAUAGAAAUGCUAUUUUACUAUGUAAAGGUGCUGAUAGCGUUAUGCUUGAAAGGUGUCUUGGGACUUCUAAAGAAAUCAUUACACUGAAUGAGCAUCUUGAUGAAUUCGCCUUGGCAGGGCUAAGAACACUUGUAUUAGGCCGCCGUGAACUUAGCCCUGAAGAAGCGAAUGAUUAUCAAGUCCGCUAUAACACUGCUAAAAAUGCCCUUUCUGAUAAAGCUGCAAGACUUGACGAACUUGCUGAAGAGUUCGAAAAAGACAUGGAACUAAUAGGAGCAGCUGCAAUUGAAGACAAAAUCCAAGAAGGCGUCCCAGAAGCCAUAGAAACUUUAAUGGGAGGAGGCAUAAAAGUAUGGGUUUUAACAGGUGAUAAAAAAGAAACUGCUAUUAAUAUAGGGUAUUCAUGCAAACUUUUACAUCCUGAUAUGGAAAUUAUGAAAAUUUCUGCUAAUACAAUGGAGGAAUCCAAGCAGCAAAUAAAGACUAAUUUAGCAAAAUACGUAAAAGGAGAAAGAAAUAGACAUAAUAGUGUCCUCAAUAAAAUUCGAGUGGUAACUGAUAACACUCCAGGCGAUACAAUAAAUCCGAAUAAAAAAAGAAAAGGAACAAGGUACCAAGUUGUGUCUGAUGAUAAAGAACAGUUUGAAGGAGAGCUGAAAGUCCCGAAUUUAGAAAAUUUAAACUUGGGAUUGAUUAUUGAUGGAAAAACACUCGGCUUUAUAUUGAGCGACUCUAUCACUGUCAAAUAUUUUAUGAUGCUGGCUACAUUAUGCCAUGCUGUAAUACUGUGUAGAGUAACACCAUUACAGAAGUCUGAAAUCGUGAAAUUGGUUAAAAAGCAGCUGGCUUUUAGGCCUAUGACACUUGCAAUAGGUGAUGGAGCUAAUGAUGUCUCUAUGAUCCAGGAAGCCCAUAUAGGUGUAGGGAUAUUAGGCAAAGAAGGAAUGCAAGCAGCCAAUACAAGUGAAUACGCAAUUUCUAGAUUUUCAUUUUUAGUGCCACUUCUAUUUGUCCAUGGUAGAUGAAACUAUAACAGAGUUUCCAAAGUAAUCUUAUAUUCCUUUUACAAGAAGAAAUAAAAUAGUGAUGUUGAUAGAAAUUGAAUUCGAGGUAUACUCCUUAUGGAAUAGGUAGACCAUCUUUAUGAAUCAAAAUAGUGCCUUUGUCGCUUUUGGAAGUAGGCCUUCAGGUUUAGGGAUAUCUUGCCGAAAGGAAAUUCUAUUUUUCCCCUGAAGGUCUUCCUGCCCCUGCCAGAUAGGCUAGGUUUUGCCUACUACAUGGUUUCUCUCAUUGAGACCAUCGGGGUACAUGACAGACGAUGGCUCUACCCUAGGGAGCUAAUCCCUUGGACAAGUGGUUCAGGCCAGAUCCAAAAAGGGCAACUUUUUGGAGCCAAGAUGAGCGAAAGCUAGUCGGUUAGCCCGAAUAUGACCAUAAUUUUUUUUUUCUACUUUGCAAGAAUUUUUUGCUGGUUUUACCAAAUUUUUACUACAGUUUUGAAAAUUUAUAUAGUGGGACUUCAUUUUAUGACUCAUGACUUGCAACACUUUAUAAUGUGAUUUUUACAUCCUUGCCUAUAGUGGUACUAGGAAGCUUUGAUAGAGAUUUAGAUAAAGAAGCUAUUCUUUCCAGGCCUACACUUUAUAUGGAUGGAAUUUAUAAGAAAUUAUUCAAUUUUAAGGUGUUUUUGAAAUGGAGUUUUACGUCGAUUUUGCAUAGCUUAGUGCUUUUUGGGUUCUUGCAAGGCAGCAUAAUGAAUGCAAUUACUGUUGAUGGGUUUCCUCAAUCAUUAGAUGCUAAUGGAGUAGCUGCAUAUUUACUAGCAGUUAAAACAGUCACUUAUGUGAUUUUAUCCGAAACUUAUGAUUGGACGUGGCUAUUUAUCAUAAUUUCAAGUGGAAGUCUCCUUAUAUUUUACCCCUUUAUAUUUAUAUAUGAUUACUCUGGCUUUUCUGAUUACGCAAUGUAUGGAAUUUCAACCAAACUUUUUGAAUUCCCCUAUUAUUUUUUCUAUAUGAUGUUUGCACCAGUUAUCAAUGUAAUUAUCCAUAUUUCUGGAAAAUAUAUAAGUAUUCUAUGAUAUCCAAGCGAAGCUGACACUUUGAGAGGCAGAGAAUCUAAGGUAACUCCGGCUCGUUUGGCUUUUGAGAGAUACGGGCUGUAUACAAUAUAAGAAACCAAUAUGUAAUUAAAAGAAAAGAGCCAGUGUUUCACAUCAAUAAGAUAUCGUUAUUUACUAUAAGUAACUUAUAAUAAGGAGCAAAAAAACCAUUAAAUUUGACGGUAAAAAUUUUUUUUUUAUGUCUUAAUGAAAAAAGCUUGUUGGCUAUAUAAACAAUGAUACUGUUAAGUCUAUUAAAUAAGCAACUUAUAUGUACUAGAAAUAAGAUCUGACAGUUUCAUAUAAUAGCAAACUGACGUUAUGCCUUGUUUGCAAUUCCAUUCUGAAUAUAUUAAAAAAUCAAUAAACGCUUCUCUUAAUAAAAAAAUAAAAUCAUUAUGUCACUAAAUUUGGUUUAAGUCAUCUCAGUAAAAAACCAAUUUCAUCUCUUUUUCUCAAGAGAUAACGGUUUAUUAGGUGCUGCAAAAACCCGCUUAAAAAGACCGCUAUAUUUGUGCAAAAAUUAUAAUAAUUUCUGCACCGAUUUGCGUUGCAACACGCAUUAAUAUAGUGAAACGAUGCUUUAUUUUGAGCCUUAUUUAUAUUGCAUUUUAUGUCUUAUAUAAGAGAAUUUAAUAUGAUCUAAUAUUUCGAAACUAUCAGCUCAUGAAAAAUGUGAAAUCGUUUGCUCAGUGAAAAAAACAUUAAACAGAGCUCCUUAAAAAAGAAAUUUAUUUUUUUUUAAGAAAAAUAAAUAAAAUUUUGUUAUUAAAUACUUUUAGAGCAAGCUUUGCUUAUUUAUUACGCUUUUUUGUACAAAUAGUAACAAUAUUUAAGGUAAAUCAUACUUAUUUCAGUUCUAAGUGUGCCUCUUUCAGUGGCUAUUAAAUAUAUUAAAAUUAUUAAAAAAUAGAUAAAACCGUUUUUCAAGACAUAUUCUUUCAAAAUAUAUCAAAAAGAUGACCAAAAUUUACAAUUUUUUUGGGUUGAUUUCCUUAUAAAAGGUUUUUAUCUAUUUUUUAAUAAUUUUAAUAUAUUUAAUAGCCACUGAAAGAGGCACACUUAGAACUGAAAUAAGUAUGAUUUACCUUAAAUAUUGUUACUAUUUGUACAAAAAAGCGUAAAUAAGCAAAGCUUGCUCUAAAAGUAUUUAAUAACAAAAUUUUAAUUUAUUUUUCUUAAAAAAAUAAAUUUCUUUUUUAAGGAGCUCUGUUUAAUGUUUUUUUCACUGAGCAAACGAUUUCACAUUUUCAUGAGCUGAUAGUUUCGAAAAAUAUUAGAUCAUAUUAAAUUCUCUUAUAUAAGACAUAAAAUGCAAUAUAAAUAAGGCUCAAAAUAAAGCAUCGUUUCACUAUAUUAAUGCGUGUUGCAACGCAAAUCGGUGCAGAAAUUAUUAUAAUUUUUGCACAAAUAUAGCGGUCUUUUUAAGCGGGUUUUUGCAGCACCUAAUAAACCGUUAUCUCUUGAGAAAAAGAGAUGGAUUUCGUUUUUUAUCUAACUGGAUGAACUUUGACUUAUAAACAUAACAAUUCCGUUUUUUAUUGAAGCAAGCAUUUAUCGAAAUUUUUGUAUUUUCAUUAGACUUUCGCAAAUUAUCUAGACCGUUAGGUUGCAUUGAUGAAUUGCUGGUAUCGUCUAUUUUGCUUAGUUACUAGGUCUUUUUUAUUAAGGACUCAACUGUUUCCAUUUUUGUGGAGAUCUAGAAUCUUCUAUUUUUGUGAUAUAAAAAAAAAUUUUUUACAGUCAAAUUUAAUGGUGUUUUUUUGCUACUUAUUAUGAGUUACCUGAAGGACAUGAUGUUUUCUUAUUUAUAAGAGAUACUAACUCUUUUCUUUUAAUCAAAUAUUGGUUCUUCAUUUUAUGGACAUCCCGUAUCUCUCAAAAGCCAAACGAGCCGGUAACUCCUAGCAAAAGAUACAUCCAGAGAUCAAAAAACAGAAUUCAGCUUGUAUUAAUGAGAGUUAAAGAAUAUGCAAAAUCUCUUACUCCCUCACUUUAUUUUGGAAACAAAAUAGGAAAAAUCGUUUUUGGGUAAUUAACCUUUUAAUUGAAACCAUUUUUUUUAUGGAAAUUUUAUAGAUAAAAAUAAUUAUUUCUAUAUAAAUAGCUCUGACCCACCCAAUUGAGUAGAAUGUUAUUUAAACAGUUGGCAACCUGAGUGGAUUAAUUUUACGAAUUAAUUAAUCAUAACAUAAACUAAAAAAAAUAUUAAAUUUGUAUUUUAUUUUUUUAAAAAAAUUAACCUCCCUUUAAAUUGGAAUAGAAACUUUUCGUUCCAAUUUAAAGGGAAGAGUUAAUAAAGUGUUUAAGUCGAAAAACUCAAAUAUGGGGUCUAAUGAAGACGAAGAUUAUGACUAUUACGCCUUUCAUAACUGGUUUUUAAAUUUCAAACAUCCUUAUGUGGAAAAGACUUUCAAAGCCCAUAUGACUUCAAAGAUUAUGAAGUAUAUGACAACUGAAGCAAGGCUUGUAAUUACUAUUGGAAUAGUGUUUGAAAUUUAUAUCAUUAUCAUAAACUCUAGUGACCUUAGGAUUGUUAUCUCCUACUGCAUUUUAGUGUUUUUAUCCCUCCUAAUUAUAUGGCUUUCGACAAGAAAGAAUUUUCAAAACCAAUUUGAAAUGUGAAUCCUUAUAUUUGUUGCCUCUUAUCUCCUAUUCAAAUUUGUGCACGAAGUGAUAUACAGUUAUGACUCCUCUUUAAGCACCGCUUUAGUUUUGACAGCAAAUUUCUUUCUAUUUAACGUAGGAAACUAUAAGAUCUGCAUCAUCAAUUUUUUCUUUUUAUUUGCUUAUUUAGUAUUUAUGGGCAUUAUGUAUGGAAUAAAGCACAGUGUCGCAGAUGCCAUAAUUAUUUUAUUUAAUUAUGCAACACUUACAAUAGGGAUCUUUUUGGUUGGUGCAUAUGUGGGAUAUAUGUUAGAAAAAUUUACAAGAAUGGAAUUUGUUUUCCAAAGAAAACUUGAAUUUCAGUUUCAGAAAGGCCAAGAUAUUCUCAGUAACUUACUCCCUAACUUUGUAAAAGACAGGGUAAAAGAAGGUGUUAGAUAUAUUGCAGAAAAACAGAACAGCGUAACUGUGCUAUUUUGUGAUAUUUAUGAUUUUGACAAAAUAUGUUCAACCCUAUCGCCUAAUGAACUUUUGGAGCUUUUGGACAAAUUUUUUGUGAUGCUGGAUGGGCUAUGUGAAAAAAUAGGAGUGACGAAAAUAGAGACCGUCAAUAAAACUUACAUGAUUUGUGGAGGACUAGCUGACAGCGAAGCUAAUCUUUCUAGUAAGCAGCUAAAACUUAACCAUGCUGAAAGAUGCUUGGAAGCUGCAAUAAAAAUCCUGGAAAAGCUUGAGCCAGUUUCACUAAAAAACGGUCACAAACUUCAAGUAAAAAUUGGAAUAAAUACAGGCUCAGUUAUAGCAGGAGUUGUAGGGGAGCAUAAGCCUCAAUUUUCUCUGGUCGGAGAUACAGUAAACACAGCCUCCAGGAUGUGCUCGACCCUUAAGUCUCCAGACUCCAUCCAAAUUUCAAUGGACACUUACAAUUACAUCAAAGAUCAUACCAAAUAUAAUUUUAUACCAAACAAAGUUGAAGCCAAAGGGAAAGGAAUUCUAAACACUUUUAUAGUAGAAACACAAAAAGCGAGAAGAAAAACCAGAAGGGCUGUAUUUUUGGGAAAUGACCAUAAAGGGAAUGAUGAUAACUCUAUUGAAGUGUUAGAGAAAAGUCAAGACCCAUUGAUGACAGAUGAUAAAAGAUCGCAAACCCAACAAAUUACGGUGGAGGACGAGCCUAUAAAAACAGCACCUAAGUUUGAUUUGAAUGACCUAAACAAUGAAGAAGAUGAUGGAGAUAUUGAACUUGUAGGGCCUGUUGAAUGACUUGUGUGCAGCUUCAGAGAAACUGACAUGCAAAACGAAUUCCGACUUUCUGCAAUUGAAAGAGAUACGACGGGGUUGAUAUUUGGGUUAUGGCUUACAAUUGUAACUUACACAAUAAGGACUAUUAUUUUUAUUGCUGCAUAUGCUUAUAGGACUCAAGGCUCUAUUGCAGAAAUCAUUUUAAGGUUACUGUGUUUGGCUACUAUGUUUUAUUUGGUCCUCAAAUUCAAAAAGCUCUACAAGUACCCUCUUUUUCCUUGAGCUGUCAUGCUCCUUUACCUAAUUGAAUCCCUACUUAGCUGUGUUUCUAUUACAACGAUGCCUAGUCUCUUCUUAAAUGUUGUCGCAUUAGAAAUUAUGUACACAAAUGUAGUAAUCAACCAUAUCAGUGGUCUCCCUUUUGGCUACAUUUUAUUUUCAACUGUAAUAAAUUUAGGAAACUGAAUCUGCAUCAUUUUCCUAAGCCAAAUUGAUACUGAAUCUGCCCUAGAAGCAACUGCUUAUAUUUUGGUAUUUUUUGCAAUAAAUGCAGUUUUCAGCUUCUUAAUUGAAUGGCAGAGUAGAAGAGCUUAUAACUUGAAUAAAAGAGCCCAAAAAGAAAUUAAAAACACUGAAAAAUUGUUAAAUCAAAUGAUUCCUCCACAAGUUCUAACUCCACCCUUUUUUUCGCUCUCAGUAAGUUUCAUUUGUUUUUAAAAAUUAUAUAUAAAGGUUAUAGCAAUUUAUUUAAAAAUCCCAACUCGCAAAAGUUAAUUUGAUUUGUAAAAUUUAUUUUUUAAAAUGUAAGCUGUUUAAAACUCAACACAGACUUAAUUAUAGUAAAUAUGAAUUAGAUAUCAAAUGUUUUUUUCAUAAAAAUUUUUUGUUCACUAAACAGAGGUUUUGUUCGCAAUGAGGGAGUGAGAAAUUUACAUAACGACGUGACGACUACAGAUAGGUAUUAUGAUGUCACUAUUCUUUAUGCUGAUAUCGUCGGGUUUACUAUGUGGUCUUCUAAUAAAGACCCAAUAGACGUUGUGUCUAUGCUUUCUAAACUCUUCUCUAUUUUCGACCAUCUAUGUGUAAGGCAUAACGUCUAUAAAGUUCAUACAAUAGGCGACUGCUAUGUAAUAUUAAGCUUUACAGAUGGAGAAAAACGAGACCCUAACACUGAAUGUGUCAAUGUAGUAGAAAUGGCGUUAGAUAUGAUAAAAGCUAUCAAAAGGGUCAAUAAAAGCAAAAAAAUCAACUUAAAUAUGAGGAUUGGGAUCCAUACUGGAGAAGUUAUAGCUGGGAUCACUGGGACGAAUAUUGUGAGGUACGAUAUUUAUGGCCCAGAUAAUGAUAUAGCGAAUAAAAUGGAAAGCAAUGGGUCCGCUGGACGAAUUAAUAUAAGUGAAGUGACUAGAAGUAUUGCCGAAGCGCAGAUGCCUGAUAGGUUUGAUUAUGAUUUUAAUAAGAUUGUAACCUAUGAGCCGACAGGAAGAUCUUUACCCUGCUAUUUUAUUGUACCGAAGCAUGAUAAAGAUAUUGUUGUAGAUGAAGAAUAA